AUGGAGAUGAAGCCAGUGAAAUCAAAGAACAAUGGCAUUAUAUACCUCUUAUCAAAAUACGCAUCCUUUUCCAUUGCGCAUAGCCCAAUACAAGGAAAAGGAUCACAAUCCAAAGCAAAGUCCAAGAAAAUCCCAAGAGAAGAAGCACUUGAUCACAAGAAGAAGAACAACUUAGUUGAAGCAUGUCAAGAACCUAAUUCACCAAAGAUCUCUUGCAUGGGACAGAUCAAGAAGAACAAGAUGAUGUCGAAAAGAUCGGCCUCAUUUAAUGUUGGGAAAAGGUUUAGUCAAGAUGAAAAGAUGGAUCAAGAGUGCAUGAAAGUGAAUGCAUGUCUUAUUAGAGCACCAACUGUUGGUGAGAUGAGGAGGUUUUCUAGUGGACGGGAAAGUCUGAAGGAUUUUGAUUGGAAGGAUCAUGGAAAGCUUGGUAUGGACUCGAGGAAGGAGGUCAAUAUUUGGAAGAGGAGGACUAUGGCUCCGAUUACUCCACUUCAACUCAAUUAA